CAUUCUUGGCACCCUAUUCUGCUUUCUCUUUUUUCCUCAGGAUUUAAGCCUAUACUAGCUGUUCUCCCUUCUCUUCUUUUCUAUCCUCACUGACUCCUCCCUCCGUUGCUCUCAUACUCCCUCACUCACUCACGAACACAAGCACACAUACAUGCGCACACACGCACACACCCUCCUCCCCCAUCGCUGCAGUGUCUCUUAACUGCCUUGGAGCUAACAAGAGGGGAAAUAGCACACCGACAAUUAUAAGAGGAGGAGAGAGCACGACACAACGAAAGAGUGCCAGUGAAUGAGUGUGUGAGAUGAGAGUCUGGCGGAUCGGAGGAUGUUGGUGAUUCAGGACUAAAGGGACGGAUCGCGUGCUCCCUCUGCCUCCCAAGCGAAUGUUUUUCUGCAGUGUUGCUGGUGAAUGGACGGCAAGCGGUAAACGGAACAUGGGCCUUUAGCUGCCUCACUGGCUUAUGCAAGCAAGACAGUCUAGUACACAGGCACCAAACGAGAACCAAGGUCUGACAUUCCAUCGGAUGGAAAGUGCCUGAAGAAAAUUAAAGGAGAGAGGAAUUGAGAACAGAUGAAUCAGUCACAGAAAUACAGGGAAGCACACUGGACGCCAUGAGGGAGGAGAGUGAAGGAAUUUUACGGUUUCGACUUUCUCUUGAUGAACACUGACAAGUCCACUUAAAGCCUGCCGUGCUCAGGGGAGAGAGUCCCCUGUUAUAAUUCCCAAGUCCUUGGGAUCUUGAAGGCAAACACACCCUUAUGCCAGGGCCUGAGUGGGUCUUCCACAAUGUCAUGGUCGCAUUGAAUGCCAAAACAUCAACCCUUGAAAGAAAAUACUGUAGACUUGGACAAUGCAUGUUGUCUAACACCAUUCUGAAACUGGUUUCCGGCAAAAGCUUCCUCUAGUAUCAGCUCAUCUGUAUCACCAUAUCUUUUUACAUUGCAUACAUUUACCGUCCACUCUCCCACUUCCUGGGUUUGCCAGCUCAAGUCCAGGUGCAGUUGACCAUGGGGUGCCGGCAGAGUUCAGAGGAGAAGGAGGCCGCCCGGCGCUCACGUCGCAUAGAUCGACACCUCCGCUCAGAAAGCCAGCGGCAGCGGCGUGAAAUCAAACUCCUGCUGCUCGGCACAAGCAACUCUGGCAAGAGCACCAUCGUGAAGCAGAUGAAGAUCAUCCAUAGUGGAGGCUUCAACCUGGAGGCCUGCAAGGAAUACAAGCCCCUCAUCCUCUACAACGCCAUUGACUCGCUCACCCGCAUCAUUCGCGCCCUUGCCACCUUGAAGAUCGACUUCCACAACCCCGAUCGGGCUUACGAUGCAGUGCAACUCUUUGCCCUCACCGGGCCUGCCGAGAGCAAGGGUGAGAUCACACCAGAGCUCCUGGGGGUGAUGAAGCGCUUGUGGGGCGAUCCAGGGGUCCAGGAGUGCUUCUGCCGCUCUAAUGAAUACCACCUAGAGGAUAAUACAGCCUAUUAUCUAAACGACCUGGACCGCAUUUCUGCGCCAGAGUACAUCCCAACCGUUGAGGACAUUCUGCGCUCACGUGACAUGACCACUGGCAUUGUUGAGAAUAAAUUCACCUUCAAGGAGCUCACCUUCAAAAUGGUGGACGUUGGCGGCCAACGUUCAGAAAGGAAGAAGUGGAUCCACUGUUUUGAGGGUGUGACUGCCAUUAUAUUCUGUGUGGAGCUCAGUGGCUAUGACCUCAAGCUUUAUGAAGACAACCAGACGAGCCGUAUGGCGGAGAGCCUGCGUCUGUUCGAUUCCAUCUGCAACAACAACUGGUUCACAAAUACCUCGCUCAUCCUCUUCCUCAACAAGAAGGACCUGCUGGCCGAGAAGAUCAAGCGUAUUCCGCUGACCGUCUGCUUCGCUGACUACAAGGGGCAGAACACCUACGAGGAGGCGGCCGUGUACGUGCAAAGGCAGUUUGAGGACCUCAACCGCAACAAGGAGACCAAGGAAAUCUACUCGCACUUCACUUGCGCCACUGACACCAGCAACAUCCAGUUUGUGUUUGACGCGGUGACGGACGUGAUCAUCCAAAACAAUCUCAAGUACAUCGGGCUGUGCUAGGACGAGGGGACGGGGAGAGGGGCGCCAGGCACGGCUGUCGAUUGAUCUGAGUGCCCUCGAAAACGCUUGUCGAAACUCAGAUGAGGCCCAGAGGAAAGGGCUACAUGCUGCCAUCCUGCUAGAUUUAUCAAUGUCAAAAACAUAAAGGUCAAAGAGGAUUUUACAAGGUUGGUAUUAAUGUGUUUGCACUGAACAUAUGUAGACAACACACACACACCAUCCUAACGUUUGUUCACACACAACGGACUUCAGGAUCAGCCGUCAAGCACAUGUUUGACAUGGAAACACUGGAAACAGAUCUCACUGCUCCUCUCUUCUCUGACAGACAGCAGGAAUUCCUACCCCAAAAUGUGCUCAUCUGUUCAUGUCAUUUCAAACCUGUAUGACUGUCUUUCUUCUGUGGAACACAAAAGGAGAUGUUUAGCAGAAUGUUCAUGCGUCUCUUUUGCAUACAAUGACAGUGAAGAAACACCAUAAAAGUAACAAUAUUUACGUUGUGCUCUUAUUAUUAAGGAAUACAUUUUAAAGCCUCAUGCACAUAUUCCAAUUUGGUGCAUCACAGUUGGUGAAGAUACACUCACACACUACAGUUCAAAUUAUAAUCAAGUUCUUUACAACACAUUACAACGGGUCUACUUCUUUAAAGUGUGAACGAAAAUGAAACAAUGAUUUAAAAUGUAUAAUAUUUUUUACUUUUUUUUUAAAUGUAUUAAAAAAAUUUGUUUGACACAAAUCACUUUAAUAUCAAAUCACUUUAAUAUCACAUAAUAUUUUUUACUUUUUUUUUUAAAUGUAUUAAAAAUUUUAGUUUGACACAAAUCACUUUUUAAAAGUGUGCUUCAUUGUGUUAAGAAAUAUAGUCAUGAAAGUGUACUCUCUUAAAAGGGAUAGUUCACUUUCAGAUGCUGUCCGCCAUUGAUUUCCAUAGUAUGGGGGGAAAACUAUGGGAACCAUCAACUGAAGGUGAACUAUCCCUUUAAGUACAAAUAGUUUUAUUUAAUUUCAUUUAUAUUACCUGCAAGUACAUAAAAAAAAGUAUAAUUUUAAGAAUUAAAGUACACUACAAGUGCACAUUCAACACAAUUACAGUUACAAGGGAAGAAAAGAAUGAGUCUUUGGGUCUGUCCCAAUACAUACACUUGCGGUCUUGACCACUUGAGAUUAGGUGCACAUCACAGGAAGUAACUGCACAAGAAUACAGGUCGCAAAAAUGCCAAAACUCAGUGGCCUCGAUGCACAUUAAAUACACACUUUUUAAAAAACACUUCAGAGCAGUAUUUGAGGCUAAGCAUUUCCCAUCAUUCAUUAUGUUCAAGAAAUCACAAAAGUGAGGAAAACCUCACAAAAACGUUAAAAAAGAAAAACUUUCCAGUGCAAGUUAAUUAAAUAUAACAUGUAAUUUGGUAGAAAAACUGUUUUUUUUUAAUCACUUAAUUUUAAGGCACUACAACGUAUAAACUGUGUCAUCUGUUACAUAUGAAAUAAUGAACAGUUAAUUUUAAAUGUGCAAAGUAUAAAAAAUGUGUAACUAAACUCUGUAAACUAAACUUGUAUUUUAACGACACUAUGUUGUAAUUGUGUCAAAAGUUGUGCACAUGCUUGUGAUCUUGACCACUUGGGUCAAAUUCAGGAAAUAUACAAAUAGACAAGAGGUCAAGUGCAAAGACUGCAAGUAUGGGUACUGGGACUUUUAUGUCAUUUGAAGAAAUGUUGAGUGUUUCCUCUAAUAGUUCAAAUCAACAAUUGUUGUCAAAUUUUUGGUCAUCCACCAAAGAAAGAUUGUAAUUCUGAUUGCUUAGAAAAGCAAGAGCACACUGUCUCUCAACAAUACUAUUAAGUCUAAUUAAGUCAUAAGUAUUCUAUUAAGUCCUAAAACCAUAUCCACAAUUAUUGCAUUGCAAUUGGUUAUGAUAUACAAGUCAAACCUGUCAUGGAAAUCUUGAUGUGCCAUAUUUGAGGAUGGUUAAACACGAAUGAGACUUGAGCUGCAGUGGAGACGAUUAUCUGUGAAUCUGUGAACGACUUAAAUCGAAUUGUCGUCCUCACACACAAUCUAUUGUAUGACUGUAUUUUGGAAUGUAGAUUAUAUGGAUUGCUUAACAGCCCUUGGUCGCCAUGCAUUGUCUUUGAGUGGAAAGGAGCAGCAUGAACAUUCUGCUAAACAUCUCUUUUUACGUUCCACAGAAGAAAUAACAUCAUACACAUUUGAAGUGACACGAGGGUGACUAGAUGAUAAAAUGCAAUUUAGGUGGACUGUUCCUUUAAGCUUUGUCUUUGAUUUGCCUGAUUUGAGUAAUGCUGCUUUCGGAGAUGAUAUAGAGAGUUUAUAUGAAAAUAUAAAUGUAUAUGAAAGGUUAAAAGUAUCUCGAGAGAAAGAAAAACAACAACAAAAAAUUACAAUGUCAUUUGGUUUCGCACCAGACGUGAAAACUGCCGCAGUCUGAAUAUGAAGUCAAAUGGCUUUUUUUUACUCACAUUCACACUGUACUUUAUUUUUGGCUGUCUGACCCCUAGCAAUCAAUCUGUUUUCUUGUUUCUUUUUAUUCUGUUUUCCUUUUGCCUAAAAUAGGAUGUAAUCCAGAGUUUUUAGAGAAAACGUCCUUCUUUCCAUGAGAGUGUUACACUGACGUGAACAUUAAGUGUUUCAUAACGUUCAUUCCAGAUUCAGAGAAAAAUAAACAGUGCCAAUAUCAAUGUAAAUAAAAACAAGGUCCGUCUAUCAUGUUACGUUUUCGGUUUUAAUGGACAAAGAGAGAGAGAGAGAGAAAAAAAAAAUAUAUAUAUACAGUAACAUUAAAUCUGCAUGAAUUUGUUACUUUGAGUUUUUGAUAAAUUAUAGUUUGAUUUGCUUUCUUAUAUUUUUAUUUUUACUAACAUGCUCCAAAAAUAUAUUUAAAAGUCAAACACUGUGUCCGAUUGUACAGUUGUUUCCUGCAAGGUAUUUAUUGAAAAGAGUUUUAUGUGAAGAGAGUCAUUUUACGUCCAGCGCAACAACCUAAACUCUGCACGAAAACAUUAAAAGAGGAUUCACUCAAAUUUGGUCUGAAUCUGAAAAAAGAGAGAUAUAAAAUCUAUACAAGAGCAGAAUCUUUCUAUUCUGGUGUCAUUUUGAGUGGACAUUGUCUGCUGUAUGUGUAAAUACUAUGUGAGGUCCAUUUUGUGAGACAAUAAAAAAAUAAAAUAAAAUAAAAAAGGAAAUCACUUUUUAAGAUGCAGAGCUGAUUGACAGACUAAAGAGGUCCAUCCCGCUCCAAUCCUCCUCCUGUUCAGUUAUGAUGAUGUACAACAAACCCAAAUAAGGGCUUAAGGAUUGAGGAAAACAAAUACUAAAGUAUAACAGAACAAUAAUAGUGAAUAAAAAGAAUUAUGCAAAUGUG